AUGAAUCCAGUCAGAGUAUUUCCAUUGAAAUUCAAUGAAUCACAAAAUACUCAAAGCACUUCAAGUUCACCAUAGUUAAAGAAAAAACCAACGCAAAAACUAAUAGAAAAACCAUUUCUUUUAAACAUGUCUCCCAUAUUAAACGGACAAUCGCCAAUUAAGGGUAAAUUUAAUGUGAAACGACUCACAGUCAUUCCUAAACAAGAAGAAAAAUUCUAAUUUGCUCAAUAAUAAAGGCCAUCUUAGUCGACAAGUUCAUCCCCAAAGAAGAGAGUAAUAAGUGGAGCAAACUAUGCUGAAGUAUAUCGAAUCUUUAAAUAGUCAUAAUCUCCAAUGAAACUACCAAAUCUUCGAAGAGCAGAUACUCAAUUGAAUAACAACAUCCAAAUCAAGGAUGAGACUUUGCAAGAGAUGAAAAGUACAAAGAGAAAAGACACAAAUGCAGACGGUACUCCUUCUCAAUAAGUCAGAGGGUCAAUAAUCAAAUUGAUCUCUGAAUCUGCUCCUGACUCUAGACCCUCAGUCUCCAGAGCUAAGUUGGCAUCUUAAACUAUAGAAUAAGAAGUUAAGCCAAAGGUUUCCAGUCAAAUGGUGAUGUUACAUGGUAGAUCAACCAGUCAGGCGACAUUAGUAAACACAUUCAUCCUAGAUAAUGAAAUGUAAGAUUAUGUGAAUAUGUAUCAUUCUAAGUAUUGUUUCAUAAUUAUAAGAUCCCAAGCUGGAUAGAAUGGAUCAGGAUAAACUAAAACCAAUUAGGACAGCAUUAUCAUUACUAACAAUUUGGGUGGAAUUAAAAAUAGAUAUAUAUUUUCAGUUUGUGAUGGUCAUGGUGUCUAUGGACAUUAUGUGUCCUAAUUAGUUAAGAAGUUGUUACCCAACAUCAUAGAUUAAUAACUUAAAUCAAACAUAGGAAUGCAGGAGAAGGAUAUAAGUGAAAAUCAUUAUGCUAGUAUCACUAAAGCUAUGACUUAAAGCUUUUAGAAGAUGCAAAAAGAUUUAUCGAAUUGUGGUAUUGAUGUAACAUUUAGUGGAACAACUUGCUCUUUGGUUUUGAUUUCUGGACCUCAUUUGUGGUGUGCCAAUAUAGGAGAUUCGAGAUCAAUUUUAAUUUAGUAAUAGAAUAAUUAAAAAUGGAAGACCAUUGAAUUGAGUAAUGAUCAUAAACCAGAUUUACCUGAAGAAUACAAAAGAAUAAUUUCUAAUAAAGGGAGAGUGGAACCCUAUAUUAGUGAAAAUGGAGAGAUGAUUGGUCCACCAAGAGUCUGGUUAUUACAUGAUCAAAUUCCAGGAUUGGCCAUGAGUAGAUCCUUUGGAGAUUAUGUGGCAUCAACUGUUGGAGUGAGUUGCGAACCAGAAAUCAUUCAUUACAGAAUGAAUGGCAAUUGUGCAUUCUUAGUUGUAGCAAGUGAUGGAGUGUGGGAGUUCUUUUCUAAUGAGGAAAUCUAAAAGAUCGUUAUUUCUCAUUGGCAACCCAAUAUGACUGCCAAAAAAUUAAGCGAGAUAUGUGAUCAAAUAGUCAAACUCUCUACUUAAAGAUGGAAUUAGGAAGAUGAAGUGGUAGAUGACAUAUCAAUUGUCAUAACUUAUCUCUAAAAAACAUGA